AUGUCACAAGUCAAAACUGUUAUUCUUUUGCUCUUGAUCGCUUUGGUAUCCGCCGUUGCUGUCAACGCUUCCUUGGAUACCUUCGACAUGUUGAGUGAUUUCAUCUCCAUGUCCGAUCUCUCUCCAAGAAGAUCUUCUUCUUCCUCUUCUUCCAGCAGAAGACCAACUAGUUCCUCUUCUUAUAGAAGACCAACCAGUUCUUAUAACAGAAGACCAACCACCAGUAAUAGCAGAAGACCAACUUCUUAUAACAGAAGACCAACUACUACUACUAACAAUAGAAGAAGACCAACUUCAAACACUAGAAGACCAACUAGUAGUAAUAAUAGAAGACAACCAACUAAUAGAAGACCAACUAGACCAACUAGAACUAAUGUUAGAAAUGGUUCUAAUAAUAAUAGAAGAAAGCCAAGUAAUAGUGUUAGACCUGGAAUGAGUAAUCAAAGAUUUUCUCAAUAUAGAAAUACUCAAUCCAAACCAUAUGGUGCUAAUACUCAAUCUAAUCAACCAGCUCGUCAACCAACUCGUCAACCAACAACUGCUCAACAACCAGCUCAACAAAACAUUCGUUCAACUGCUCCUAGCUCACAAGUUGUCCAAUCUGCCAUGAGCAAUGUUAGAUCUGCUUCUCACAGCCAAUCUCAAGGUAAAUGUGCCAAGUAUACUGCCAAUGCCAUUGAAAAGGCCUUGACUGGUAAGACUUACACAAUUAAUCGUCCAGGUUCUGCUAAGGAUUUCGGUUCUUGGUUACAAAAGAUGGGUUAUCAAAAGGUUAGUGGACCAAUGCAACCUGGUGAUGUCCAAAUCUUCCAAGCUAUUCCUGGACAUCCUGAUGGUCACAUGCAAAUGUUGACUUCUGGUGGUCAAUUUGUUUCUGAUUUUAGACAAAGAGAUAUGUAUCCUGGACCAAGUUACAGAAAUACUCACCAAGUUCCAGCCAACUACAGAUAUGUUGGUAAUCAAUAA